AGAGUCCUGCAGCUCACUCAAGGGGCAACGGCGACAUCGUCGGGACUAUGAAAAAUAAGAAUCGGUUUUACUCUUUAUGGGAAUGAAACAGGAGGUGUUAAGAUGUUCAAACACCAGAUAGAUUAUAGCUUUUGCAAGGAAUCAGGUUACUGCAUUAACCACGCGUACUGAACACGCAAACAAACACUCUCUGAUAACAUUUAAUCAUUGUCUUUGAUACUGAUUGGUCUACCCCAGAGACAGCCUUCUUCAUGGCCUAGUCUCACCAGUGUCAGACCAGAGAACAACACCAAAAGGCGACCAGUACAAAGACAAUGCAGUGUCAAGAGCAUUUAUAGCUCGGGGUGAGUAGCUAUAUCAUUGGACCUUUUUGCCAGAAUCAAAGUAUAAAAAAUAGGAAUCGGUUUUACCCUUUCUGGCAAUAAAACAGGAGCUGUUAAGAUGUUCACACACCAAAUAGAUGAUUCCUUUUUGCAAGGAAUCAAGUUACUGCAUUAACCACGCGUACUUGUGUUGAACACGCAAACAAACACGCUCUGAUAGUAAUCACAUCGUCAGGACUGUGUUACGAGGACCCGGUGUGUUGCUAUGCUGCACGGGUGUACUGCCAAUACGUACAAAUAACAAUGACCGACUGCCUCCUUGCGCAGGGAUGAACCCGGCCCAGCCCGAGUUCAUGCGCGCACGCGGCAAGCGCAGGGCGAGGGGGAAUAGAGCGGAGUGCGGGCGGUCGAGCGACUCCGACGAGGAGUGGACGGGGAGGAGGAAGAGGAAGGAGGUGGCGAUGCACGGAGGACGAAGAGGCAAACGAGGAGGCAAGGGGGCUGCUUCACGCUGGGCCACCGUGGGAGAGUCUCACGCGAGGGCAGCUUCCAGCAAGCGCAAGACUAAAGCGGAAGCCCUGGAGUACGUGUGGAGCAUCUUGCAGGGCGUGGAGGAGGAGGAGCAGCAGGAGGAGGAGUUCAGGGGAUUUGAGCUGAGGGAGGUGCACAAGGCCAGGAUGGCGAUGUUCAGGCUGGAGCGCAGAGCCACCGCCUGCAAGGAGGCCCUGAGGGUGGCGCUCCAGAGGAUACGUGGAGGCUCCUCCGUGCCGCCGGCCUCCGCCCAGGCUGUGGCGGUGUCGCGCAGCGCUCGCUCUCGCUACGGCCUGCGCCCGCGCGAGAGGAAAGUCUACACAGAGGUGGAGGAGCCCCAGGACGACGACUUCUUCUUCUGCGAGCUGUGCAGGGAUUUCUACCUGGGGGAGUGCUCCGUGCACGGCCCGCCAGAGUUCAUUGCAGACGCGGCCGUGGCCCCGGGAGUGGCCAACAGGGCCCGGCUCAGCCUGCCCCAGGGCCUCACCGUCGGCGCCUCCUCCAUCGCCGGCGCCGGCCUCGGGGUGUGGAGCAACAGGAAGAAGCUGCCCAAGGGGGUGAUGUUUGGGCCCUACCAGGGAGAGGUGUCUGAGGAGAACCCCGUGAGCGAGUACUGCUGGCUGGUGAGCUGCUGCUGCUACUGCUGCAGCCUCCUCCUAUUCCUACAUCAUCAUCGUGUGUGUGGAGAGGAGGCUCGUGAAAUUUACAAAAACAAAAAGGAUCGUGAAUAUGUUGAUGCUCAGGAUGAAUCUAAAUCAAACUGGAUGAGGUUCGUCAACUGCGCGAGGAAUGAGCAGGAGCAGAACCUGGUGGCCUUCCAGCACCGGGGGCAGAUUUACUACCGCACAUUCCGUGCCGUGGGGCCCGGCUCUGAGCUGCUGGUCUGGUACGGCGAGGAGUUCGCCCAGGAGCUGGGCAUCGCCUGCGAGGCCGGGCCCUCGCGACGCCGCAGCAGCAGCAGCAGCGAGAUGGCUCCUAGGGCCACCGCCAGAGACCUGCAGCCCGUGCAGGCCUCCACCAAGCGAGGAACACCGUGA